GGUCACUGUCCUUCACUCUUCUCUUCUUCCUUUUCCAGGAUGGAGCUUCAGCAUGGGAUCAGCCUACCAGUUUCAUAGUUGGCGUGUGUUCGUGAUAGUCUGUGCGCUCCCCUGUGUCUCCUCAGUGGUGGCCCUCACAUUCAUGCCUGAAAGCCCACGGUUCUUGUUAGAGGUUGGAAAACAUGAUGAAGCUUGGAUGAUUCUGAAGUUAAUUCAUGAUACAAACAUGAGAGCGCGAGGUCAGCCUGAGAAAGUAUUCUCGGUAAACAGAAUCAAAACCCCAAAACAAAUAGAUGAACUGAUUGAAAUUGAGAGUGACACAGGAACAUGGUACCGGAGGUGUUUUGUUCGGAUCCGGACAGAACUCUACGGAAUUUGGUUGACUUUCAUGAGAUGUUUCAACUACCCAGUCAGGGAUAAUACAAUAAAGCUUACAAUUGUUUGGUUCACCCUGUCCUUUGGAUACUAUGGAUUAUCUGUUUGGUUCCCUGAUGUCAUUAAACAUCUGCAGUCGAAUGUGUUGCCAAUCGAAAAGAUAGAGAGAGAAAAAUUUUCAAAUUUCACUGUUAACUUGACAAUAGCAAAUGAGUUGCAUAUUGGAGCGGAAUACGACAAUGGCAGAUUUCUAGGGAUCAAGUUCAAAUCCGUAACUUUCAAAGAUUCAGUUUUUAAGGAGUGCACCUUUAAGGAUGUGACUUCAGUCAACACCUACUUCAAGAACUGCACAUUUAUUGACACUGUUUUUGAUAACACAGAUUUUGAGCCAUAUAAAUUCGUUGAUAGCGAAUUUCACAACUGCUUGUUUUUUCACAACAAGACGGGAUGCCAGAUUACCUUUGAUGAUGACUAUAGUGCCUACUGGAUUUACUUUGUCAACUUCCUGGGGACACUGGCAGUGUUGCCAGGGAACAUCGUGUCUGCUCUCCUGAUGGACAGAAUUGGGCGCUUAACGAUGCUGGGUAUGUGCUUGGUUUCAUGUAAAAUAAAGGAGCUGCCCCUGCAAUCCACAGGGAGCCCGUUUCCCACUGUCCUCCCUAUCCUCUUAGGGAUUUGUGGUUCUAUGGUGCUUUCAGGGAUCAGCUGUUUCUUCCUUUGGUUGGGCAGCAGUGAAUCCAUGAUGGUAGGCGUGCUGUGUCUGUAUAAUGGAUUGACCAUCUCGGCCUGGAACUCUCUUGAUGUGGUCACUGUGGAACUGUACCCCACAGACCGGAGGGCAACAGGCUUUGGCUUCUUGAACGCACUGUGCAAAGCAGCGGCCGUCCUUGGAAACUUAAUAUUCGGCUCCCUGGUCAGCUUCACCAAAUCAAUCCCCAUCCUUCUGGCCUCCACUGUGCUCGUGUGUGGAGGACUGGUGGGGUUGCGCCUGCCUGACACACGAACCCAGGUCCUGAUGUAAUGGGAAAAAAGCCAUCCAUCCUGCGUUUCUUUCUCCUGCCCUGUGUCAACACUCCUGACUCAAGGCUUCAGAUUUUUCAGACACCAAAAUGUGGUGAAAUAUCAGAACACUAACCCUUGCCAUCACUAAAAUUUAUUUGCAUACCCUCCUGCC